AUGACUGACCACCACAUUGAAGACUUUCCCACCCGCGCGGUGCAGAAGCUGACGGCCAUACUCACGCUCCCUCCCCAACACGGGCUCGUUCGGCCGACGGCCGGCUGGCAGGCCAGCCAGAGCGAAGCCGUCGCCAACCUGCCGCAGAGCUGCCGGCGUCCGCCCGUCGAGGGCGCCAACCCCAUCAAGCUCCUCAAGCGAGGGCUCAUGAAAAUGUCGGAGAAGCACUCGCUGCCCUUUGUCCCCGACGCCGCCGUGCUGUGCCAGGCGCACAAGGAGCUCCACCCCUGGCGCAUGCGCAGCCUCUUCCUGCUGCUGGCGUCCGAGUGCGGCAUCCGGUCGGACCGCAUCCGCCGGCACCACGGCUUCGACGGCAUCCCGCCGGCGCAGGACGUCCAGGACUUUGUGUACCGCAUGACGUCGAUCGCCGGCCUGUGGAUCGCGCCCGCCGACUUUGAGGCCCGCUUCGGCUUUUUUUGGUGUAGUUUCGCUAUUUUGCGAAGAAAAAGAACAGAGAAGCAAAAAAACUACCCGACGCAUCCGCUAGUCAACGGUCGGGAACUACACGCGCAUCGGCGCCGCCCCGCGCGCCGGACCGGCCGACGUGUCGGCGCUGCGCCGCCGGCUCGAGCAGGUGAGUCUCCAGACGGGCGCGGCGGCGGCGCCGUACGCGCCGAGCAGCGUCUACUCGACCGGCACGGGCGUUGCGGGGGAGCCGCGGGCGAGGUCGACGAGGAGGAGGGGCUCCGCGGCCGGGGACGAGUUGGCCGGUCGCCGGAACCACUUCCGCCGGCGCCUGCGUCGCGCCGGCGGACCGUGUCGGAGAUCAGCGAGGCGACGGAGGGGACUGUGUUUGACAUGUUCAUCCGGCAUCAUGAUGAGGUGCGGCCGGGGGACUCCAUCUCCACGGUGGGCGGGAGUGGGCGUCGGGCGGGGGGGCUUGGGGGGUUGACACGGGGUGGAAGCUGA